GCAGAAUCUAGCACCAGUUUGUCACUGGCGGCGAAGAGAUGCUCUUCAGUUUGAUAGGUGUAUGCGUGCCGUUAAUAACUACACAGAAAUUUGGAAUAUAAAUAGUUUGCCGGGGUAUGUUUUCACAGGAUCACGACGACGUUUCAUCGCAUCAUUACCACAAGCCUUAUUUAGAUCUCUCCCUUUAAACGUCAGAUCUGACGCGCUCCCUCUUCGGACCGCUCUCCGCCGCCUGCGCGCGGCAUUUCUGCUACUCACCAGCAAAUACGGAGCAACUCAUUUUCACCGCAGGAACCCGGAGAGAAGCCGCUACCGCAGCCUGAUAUUUUUAAACUUUGAACCGGGAGAGCGACUGUGUCCAACGACUGCGCGUUUCCAAAGAGGACAGGGAGACAUGUGUCACUUUUCGCUUGUGUCACAGGCGACCAAGCCGCACACACGCAGACAGGCGAAAACUGCCCAUUGCUAAUGGUAUCAGGAAGUCUUGACGGCUCAAACGGAGAACGGGCAAAAUCUUUGCCAUUUCACUCCCUGCCCCCGAUAACACAGGCCACUUCAAUUAGGCAGUUAUUGUGUUGACCAUUUUCGGGAUGUCUUGCCUUUCAAAUUACAAAAGAGAUACCACAACGAGGAUUUCCAUCUGAAGCGUGAAUGUGAGCUGCAACCAAGGUCAAGAUUUUCGGAUCAGGACCCAGACGCUGCGGCCGCUCGGCGGGGCUCUGACUCAUCGGCGGGACGGGAGCGGCGGAUGGCGGCGCUGCCGGCGGAGUUGGCGGGAUGGGCCGCGGGGCUGCUGAUGGCGGGGCGCGGCCGGGCCGGCGGCGGCCAGUGAAGACGUCGCCUGCGCGGGAGUGAAGAGCUGAUGGGAAAUACUGGCCAUGCGAAAGCGCCUCUGAAGGUUUUGACAGCCACGCCCUGUGGAGGUUUGAUACCGUGCGGCGGAUCCCCCCCCCCCCCCCUUGCGUGUGGAUAUAAUCGGGGGUUUCUGCGGGGGCUUUUUGAGCUCCUGGUGCGACCGUGGUUCGGAGGCGGCGGGAGGCGGGAACAUGUGGGCGCGGUGGGCGUGGAGGGCGGGCCGGGUGUGGCUCCGCCCGGGCGCGGCCCUGGCCCUCUACCUGUGGAUAGCGGGCGUGGCUCUGCAGGCCCCGCCCUGGAACCCUGAGAAGCUGGACGAGUCGGACCCCGUGGUGAGCACCGUGUACGGGAAGCUGCGCGGGUUCAAGAAGGAGCUCACCAACGAGAUCCUGGGCCCGGUCAUCCAGUUCCUGGGGGUGCCCUACGCGGCGCCCCCUACUGGCGAGAGGCGCUUCCAGCCCCCGGAACCGCCCGUCUCGUGGCCGGACGUGCGCAACGCCACGCAGCUGGGGCCGGUCUGCCCCCAGACCAUCCUGGAGGGCCGGCUGCCGGACGUCAUGCUGCCCGUGUGGUUUACAAACAGCCUGGAGGUGGUGAACUCCUACGUGCAGGACCAGAGCGAGGACUGCCUGUUCUUAAACAUUUACGUCCCCACGGAGGAUGUAAAAAGAAUGUCCAAGGAAUGUGCCAGGAAACCGGGCAAGAAAAUAUGUAGGAAAGGAGGUCCCCUUACAAAGAAACAGAACGAUGAUUUAAGUGAUAAUGACGGUGCUGAGGACGAAGACAUCCGCGAGAGCGGGAGCCCCAAGCCCGUCAUGGUCUUUAUUCACGGGGGCUCCUACAUGGAAGGCACCGGAAACAUGUUCGACGGCAGCAUCCUGGCCAGCUACGGCAACGUCAUCGUAAUCACCGUCAACUACCGGCUCGGAGUACUGGGUUUUUUAAGUACAGGUGACCAGGCAGCCAAGGGUAACUACGGGCUGCUGGACCAGAUCCAGGCCCUGCGCUGGACCAGCGAGAACAUCGCCUUCUUUGGGGGCGACCCGUUGCGCAUCACGGUUUUCGGGUCCGGGGCCGGCGCGUCCUGUGUCAACCUCCUGACCCUGUCCCAUUACUCUGAAGGUAACCGCUGGAGCAAUUCAACCAAAGGACUGUUUCAGCGCGCGAUAGCGCAGAGCGGCACGGCCCUCUCCAGCUGGGCGGUCAGCUUCCAGCCCGCCAAGUACGCGCGCAUGCUGGCCCGGAAGGUGGGCUGCAACCUGCAGGACACGGUGGGGCUGGUGGACUGCCUGCAGCGGAAGCACUACAAGGAGCUGGUGGACCAGGACAUCCAGCCCGCCCGCUACCACAUCGCCUUCGGGCCCGUCAUCGACGGCGACGUCAUCCCCGACGACCCGCAGAUCCUCAUGGAGCAGGGCGAGUUCCUCAACUACGACAUCAUGCUGGGCGUCAACCAGGGGGAGGGGCUGAAGUUCGUGGAGCUCAUCGUGGACAACGAGAACGGCGUGCAGGCCAACGACUUCGACUACGCCGUGUCCAGCUUCGUGGACGACCUGUACGGCUACCCCGAGGGCAAGGACGUGCUGCGCGAGACCAUCAAGUUCAUGUACACGGACUGGGCCGACCGGCACAACCCCGAGACCCGACGCAAGACGCUGCUGGCGCUGUUCACCGACCACCAGUGGGUGGCGCCGGCCGUGGCCACCGCCGACCUGCACUCCAGCUUCGGCUCGCCCACCUACUUCUACGCCUUCUACCACCACUGCCAGACGGAGCAGGUCCCGGCCUGGGCGGACGCCGCGCACGGCGACGAGAUCCCCUACGUCUUCGGCCUGCCCAUGGUGGGCGCCACCGAGCUCUUCCCCUGCAACUUCUCCAAGAACGACGUCAUGCUCAGCGCCGUCGUCAUGACCUACUGGACCAACUUCGCCAAGACCGGUGACCCCAACCAGCCGGUGCCCCAGGACACCAAGUUCAUCCACACCAAGCCCAACCGCUUCGAGGAGGUGGCCUGGACGCGCUACAACCAGAAGGACCAGCUGUACCUGCACAUCGGGCUCAAGCCUCGCGUCAAAGAGCAUUACCGUGCCAACAAGGUCAACCUGUGGCUGGAGCUGGUGCCCCACCUGCACAGCCUGAACGAGGUCACCCAGAUCAUCUCCACCACCACCAAGGUGCCCCCGCCGGAGGUCACCGCCAGGACGCCAAAGAAGAUGCCCGCCAACACCAAGCGGCCCAACCCCACGCCCUUCCCCACCGAGAACCAGGACAGCCAGAACCAGCCCUUCCUGGUGGACCAGCGCGACUACUCCACCGAGCUGAGCGUCACCAUCGCCGUGGGCGCCUCCCUCCUCUUCCUCAACAUCCUGGCCUUCGCCGCGCUGUACUACAAGAAGGACAAGCGGCGGCACGACGUGCACCGGCGGUGCAGCCCGCAGCGGAGCGCGGCCAACGACCUGGCGCACACGCAGGAGGAGGAGAUCAUGUCCCUGCAGGUGAAGCACGGCGAGCUGGAGCGGGGGGGCUGCGACGCCGGGCACGCCCACGAGGUGGUGCUGCGCUCCGCCUGCCCGCCCGACUACACGCUCGCCAUGCGCCGCUCCCCCGACGACAUCCCGCUCAUGACCCCCAACACCAUCACCAUGAUCCCCAACGCCAUGUCCGGGAUGCAGACCCUUCACCCCUUCAGCACCCCCUUCGCCCCCAGCGGACAAAACAACACACUGCCUCACCCCCACCCGCACUCACACUCCACCACCAGGGUAUAGCCAGCGGGACCUACGGCACACUCAACCCCCCCCCUGCCCCCCCCACCACCACCAAACUUACAAAACCCACUGAGACCCAAACGAGAUUCCAGGAACGUUUCUAGGUCCCGCAAACUACUUCUGAGGGGGUGGGGGGGGUGGCAGCUGGAAAUCUCGUUUAAGGUUCAAAGGGAGACUCAUCGUUUUAUAUUGUGUAAAAAAAAAAACAAAUAGAUACAAAAAUAUUGAAAACUAAAAUUUACAAAAACAAAUCGCGAAGGAUAGUUUUUUUUUUGGUCUCUGGUACCCUUGGGGAAAAAA